AUGGGUAUCAGCAGCAAGAAGUUCCUCCUGCUCCUCCUCGUGGCUGCCGCCGCCAUGACCAUUGCAGCUUCUGCUCGAGCUGCUUCUACUCAGGGCAUCGGCAGUGGAAUGGGGAAAGCCGCGGAGGGCGCCGGUAGCGGCGCUUCGAGUGCCGCGGAGGGCGCCGGUAGCGGCGCUUCGAGUGCCGCGGAGGGUGCCGGCAGCGGAGCUGGAGGUGCGGAGGGCGCCGUUAGAGGCGCUUCGAAAACCGCCGAGCGCGUGGGUAGCUUCGCUUCGAGUGACGCGGAGGGUGCCGGCAGGGGAGCUGGAACAGGUGCGAAUGGAUUUGGUAGCGGAGCUGGACAAGGUGCGGAUGGCGCGGGCAGCGGCGCCGGGAAAGCUGCGGAGGGCAUGGGUAGCGGCGUCGGGAAAGCUUCGGAGGGCGCCGGCAGCGGAGCUGGAAAAGCCUCGGAGGCGUUUCACAAUUAA